AUUUAUUAUAAUACAUAUACAGAACAGUACGUUCUCUGCCAUAUUCCAUUUGCAUUAGCCCGUCGAUUGUGCAAGACUGCUUCCUUACUCAGUUCUAAAAGGCAUUUGAACUUCUUUGAAAUUCAGUCGAACCGUUGAACACUGAACUAGCUAUCAUGCUUAUCGACUUGGGAUGAAGAGGAUAUACAGAAUUUCGCCAGUUAUCGUGCUGCUCUGGGCAUUAUGCAGCUCGCCGCGUAAAAUAAACUCACUUACGCUCAUGCCUUUUGGCCAUGAACAUGGAGAUACAAAGCUUUCUAAAGGAGAUGAUCAAAUGUCCCGAAAAAUCUCGCUGGAGCCAUCUUUGAUUUUAUCUGGGAAGCAGUACCGUUCGAUCUAUGUUAGCUCCAAUGGAGUACUGUCCUUUAAUCGCGCCAUAAAAUUGUACCGUCAUACGGACCUUUCUGACCAGAAAGAAGAAACUUUGAUUGCUCCAUACUGGGCAGARGUUGACACUAGUAGAGGAGGCGAUGUCUGGUACCGUGUGUCGAAAAAUCCGUCGGACCUUCGAAGAGCUAAUCGUGAUAUUCGAAUCAGUUUUCAAAAUGAUUUCGACUUUGAGUCAAAGUGGUGUUUGAUUGCAACAUGGAAUAACGUGGCGUUUUUUGGAAGAUGGUCAAGGUAUAAACAUUUGUCAAAUACCUUCCAAGUUAUUUUGACGACCGARGGACAACGAACGUUUGUUAUAUUUUUAUACUCAAAACUGGAUUGGACAACAGGGAGAUUAAACGGUGGAAACUCUAAAGGACUUGWWGGCCAUCCCUCGCAGGCAGGGAUCAUUGCAAACAAAAAUGUAUACAAAAUUCCAUUUUCUGGUACUGGAGAUAUGCUGCAMCUGGUCAAAACMUCCAACGUGGGAUUUCCUGGAAAAUGGGUUUUACGAAUUGACAGAGAAAUUAAAGAUGUUGAAAAAGAUAUUUGUAGAAUCAAAGGCUCUACGCGAAGUCAGCCAAACAUUUUUAUAACAAAUACUCCUGGUAACAAGACGCAUCCACGACAUGCUUGCUUGUGGCCUGAACAUGGCUUUCAGUGUGCUUUUAAUACUGAAAUCAAUUUAAAAGGAAACUUCAUGAAUGACAGAGCAUUCUGUARGUUACCAGUGUUUAAUAAGACCGGGCAAGCAACAGUUAACAUCUCGACGUACAAUGGUCAAAAGUUAUAUCAAUUCAUUACCAAAAUUACUUUGGUAAAUAAGACAGAAUAUAAAAGGCUUUCAAGGCUGACGACAACACAAAAACCAACAUUACCAACGACUGUCAUUAUUGGUGGAGGUAGUACAACCAGUGGUGCAGGAAGUGGUGGAAACAGUACCAGUGGUAACAAAGAUGGUGGUGGCACUGGCAACAGUGNACCAUAA